AUGGCUGCCAACCGAUGUCAGUGGCGUUCUUGUUGUCAGUUUCUAUUCAGAUCGCCUGAUGAAGCAUCGGUGUUGAACACUGAUGUCAUGCUGUCGAUGUCGAUGACUGGCAUGAGAAUUCGACUGUCAGGUGGACGCCCACGGCCCAAAUUACUGGGUAUACAGUUAUACAAAUUUGCACAAGCCGAAACAGCACGAGGGGCGAGAUGGCUCAAGUGGUUAGAGCGCGAAUCUACUGACCGGAAGGUCCGUUGUUCGAACACGACCUCUGCCUCUCGACUUCUCCUGUCUAGGUUUGGGCAAACUGACACCCUCGCGAUCCCUGUGGGUGGCAUGGCAGCUAGGCACCGAAAGGGUGCUACAGUUGAAAGACUAUCUUUAUUUUCUCUUAGCAGCAGCACGGCCACAAAUAAGAUUAGUAUCCGAAAGCCAUUCUUAGGUGAGAAAGCACAUGCUUUAGCCAACAGACUGCCAUACUGUGGACAAAUAAUCCAAGAAAGGAUUGAAACCCAGAUCUAUGUAGAGAGGAGCGAGUGGCAAGAGCGCGAAUUUACUAUCUAA